CCGCUCAGCCGCAAAGCAGCCCGAGUGGCUCAGUCAAGCAGCUUAAUGGAGCCAGCUCCAAGUGGUGUAUUCAACAUAAUCUCUCUGCAUUGGUAGUGUGCUAGUAGUUGUCUGCUAGCAGGGUAUUAGCAUUAGUAGUCUCUCUAGUAUUUGUAGUAAUAGUAAUGCAGUUUUGUAAUAUGUAUGGCGAUGAUGUUUCCACUGAUGAGGAAAGAUAUCUCAUGUCUCGCACCACAUUCAUUCAGACUCUUAGGUCUUGUGCAGCCUCCUGAUAGAGGUAUUAUCAUAUGCUUGUAUAAUAGAAGCAGGAGGAGUACCGUCUACAAGUGGUACUAGUGCCCAUCCUGUGUCGCAGGAACAUGCACCAACGACAUUACCACAAGAUGAAGGAGGAGAAAUGGUAUCAGUGCAUGCCCUGGCCCCCCACACAUGGCCCAACAACGUUACCAGAAGAGGAAAUUGCAGUUGCAUUGUACUCCUACAACGCAAGGGGCGUGAAUCAGCUGAGCUUCCAGAAAGGGGACCGGCUGCAAGUGAAUAAUGACACAGACCCGGACUGGUGGCUCGCGAAGCACCUGACGACUCAAGAAACGGGACGUGUUCCCAGUAACUACGUGGCUUAUGAAGAGACUAGGCAAAGUCAAAAGUGGUUUUUCGGCGCAGUCACACGCACGGAGGCAGAGAGAUUGUUGCUUUUGCCGGGGAAUGCAAGCGGCACUUACCUUGUUCGCAAUAGUGAAAACAGGGCAGGAACGUUCUCGCUGUCUGUCAGAGACCACAACGAGACGAAGGGGGACCACGUGAAGCACUAUAGAAUCAUAACUACCGAAGACGUCACCUUCUAUGUCAACUCCAAGAUUUCUUUUCCAACCCUUGAUGAUUUAGUCGCUUAUUAUACGAGAGGUGCUAAUGGCCUAUGUCAAAGACUAGCCACGCCAUGUCCCAAGACGGAGCCAGCUCUACCAGACCUUUCAUGGCAGACGCGUGACGAGUGGGAAAUAUCACGAAGCUCUGUGAAGCUCAUGCGGAAACUGGGAAGUGGCAACUUUGGCGACGUUCAUUACGGACUUUGGAAUGGUACAACUGAAGUGGCUAUCAAGACAUUAAAACCAGGAACGAUGCACCCAGACGCCUUCCUCGAAGAAGCUUCCAUCAUGAAGAAUUUUAGCCACGAGAAAUUGGUGAACCUCUAUGCCGUGUGUUCAAAAGAAGAACCCAUAUACAUCGUUACAGAGUAUAUGUGCAAUGGUUCCCUGCUGCAAUAUUUGCGCAGCAAAGAGGGCAAGACACUCAAACUGCCUGUCCUAGUCGACAUGGCUGCCCAGGUAGCCAGUGGUAUGGCCUACUUGGAGAGUGAGCAGUUAAUACACAGGGAUCUGGCAGCCCGUAACAUCCUCGUGGGGCUCAAUAAUUUAGUGAAAGUUGCUGACUUUGGUCUUGCCCGAAUUAUAGAGGACUCGGAGUAUACAGCCAGGCAAGGAAGCAAGUUCCCCGUCAAAUGGACUGCUCCGGAGGCUCUGCUGUUUGGGAAGUUUUCUAUCAAGUCUGAUGUAUGGUCGUACGGCGUCCUGCUCUACGAGAUUAUCACACAUGGCGAAAUACCUUACCCAGGGAUGGCCAAUUGCCUGGUUGUGGAGCAAGUUAAACAUGGUUUUCGCAUGCCAAAACCCAGUUGCGAAUGCCCGGAUUCGGUGUACAAUACUAUGCUUACAUGCUGGGACGGCGAACCAGAAAACCGGCCGACUUUCGAGUUUCUCUUCAGAUAUUUCGACGUCACAGCUGAGUCACCCUACAAAGAGGCCGACGAUAUGUAGACCUUCUGGGGUUGAUCGCUUUGCACACGGAUCAAACAGGAACAUCGAUGCCACCUUGCCUACAACCUUUUCUGUCCUGGUGUUUGGAAGAACUGCGGCCUGUGAGGAACUGAAGAACCUGAUUGUUGGAAGAACUAUGGUUGUACGUUGUAUUGAUGCUGAGGCUGCGCGUUCGCGAAAUCGCCGCUCUGAGCAAUAGUACUCAAACAGGCGAUUUCAACAGCUAUCUGUCGAACACGUCGCAAACAGUUAGAAAACCACAUGACAAGUUUUUAGUUCAAAGCUACCAAAAAUAUACUAGGAAUAUAAUAGUUAUUUGUAUACAAUGGCACUGGAAAAAUGGUACGCUCAGCUAAAAUCUAAUGCUGCAUUUCAAAAUUCAAAGGCUUGUCUACUUUGCUUGUCUGAAGCAUGUCUGCUAUCGAGUCCAAAGAUCUCGCGCAUCUACACAGGUAUUUUCUAAAUUCAAGGCUGUCUAGGAAUUCACGUGUGUUGUACUGUAUUAGACAGCACCGUACAUUCGACUCAUUUUGUAUGUACUGUAUAUCAGAUAUAAGAAAAUCAUGGCAUGGUAAAAUACAUGAAUGGUCCACGC